GGGUGGGGCAUGGGCCAAAGAUGGUGCCGGAGCUAGUAUGGGCAGGAGAGAAGGAAGAAGCCAGAAGGGGUUCCUGCUGAGGGUUUGAAGAGGGAAGGGGGUUUGAGUUGAUAGGCAUUGGAGGAUAGAUACGGGUGUAAGGUGGCGGGAUGGGUUUACAGGCUCCAUGAGAGGGCUGUAAGGAAGGAGAAUGAGUACAGGCAAUGCUAGAGUUUUCCUGAGGAGAGGACGGUAUAGGAAAAGAAGUGGGUACUUUUGGAGGUGAUGCUGGCUGGGAAGAUGGUGGCUGGGAAGAUGGUGGCUGAGAAGACAAUGAGGAAGCUUGGGGAGUUAAUGAAGUUGGUUGAGAUGGAGGGGUAGGGUCUGGGAGGGGUCGACAGCAGUCUGCUCGAUCCAAUGAGGAAAAAGAGGUAGGAUCGGGAGGAUAAAGGCAAUGAGGGCGGCGAGAAUGAAGAAGGAUUUGUAACAGGUAAGCAAGAAUUGCAGAGGUUGGCCUGUGAUCUGAGUGCAAAAAGGCCUGGACACAAGGAAUUUCUCCCCAUUUUCCCAGUCAUCUGCAAUAAUUGCUUAAGUCAGUUAAAACGGUAAGGCUGAGUGUUCCAUUUGUGAGCCAUUUGGACCCGUUAUCUAAUUCAUACUGCGACCAGGCUUUAUUGUAUAAAAAAGACAAGGCACUUUGGCAGAUAUCUUGCCUGAGGCCUAAGGUUUGCAGAUUUUUAAUGAGGCAGGCUGGAGGGCUGUUUUUUGGAAUUGAGGACCGGGAGUUUCCCAUAAUGAAGGGUAGCUCGAGAGAACAGGGAAAAAGGAGACCAUCCUGGACAGCUGGAGGGAGACGAUAAAAGGAGUUAUCGUCUCCGCUGCCUUUUUGGUUCCUGGAACGGGAUGAAAUGGCUUAGAGGCAUCCCCCUAAGACCAGAUGGUCACCGAGUGCCUGGCGCACUCUGGCGCCUUCUUGGAUCAGUGUUGGAUUUUUGGACUGGAGAAACCAAAAGAGGCCAUGUAGAUUUUGCCCUGUUAACCGGGGUCGAAGGGAAACUUACCAGUAGGCGAGAUCAGUGGCUGAUGCGCAUGCACAGAGAGGCGACUGGAGGCUGAGGAGCUUCCUCUGUCUAGUUGCUGUGGCCUGCUCUCUGGGGUGGAGGGGUAGGUCCACAAGCGACACAGACCUGAGCCCCUCCUAGGAUUUGGCACCAGAUGUAAGGUUCUUGAAUCAGUUUGAACCCCAACAGCGCGCCAACAGACAACAGGAGGCGGUGUGGAGCAACCUGCUGUUUUAAUGAACGCCUGGUUGCAGGUGGGCUGAGGCCUAAAAUGGCAUCAGCCCCAAGUGAGGAUGGGACAGGGGUUUUGUAGUCCUCUGUAAACAGUAAGUGUCCCAGUCUGUUGUAACUGCUAUGUAGUACCUGGAUGGCCUAUUUCUUGAUCUUCAGGGGUACAUCUCUUCCAGCCAAGAUAUAAGUAUGAGAAAUGACAGAAAGAAACAACAACUGGAAAAGAAGCAUUGCAUAAGACCAGGAUGUCUCUGAAAUGGACGUCAGUCUUUCUGCUGAUACAGCUCAGUUGUUACUUUAGCUCUGGAAGCUGUGGAAAGGUGCUAGUGUGGCCCACAGAAUACAGCCAUUGGAUAAAUAUGAAGACAAUCCUGGAAGAGCUUGUUCAGAGGGGUCAUGAGGUGACUGUGUUGACAUCUUCGGCUUCUACUCUUGUCAAUGCCAGUAAAUCAUCUGCUAUUAAAUUAGAAGUUUAUCCUACAUCUUUAACUAAAAAUGAUUUGGAAGAUUCUCUUCUGAAAAUUCUUGAUAGAUGGAUAUAUGGUGUUUCAAAAAAUACAUUUUGGUCAUAUUUUUCACAAUUACAAGAAUUGUGUUGGGAAUAUUAUGACUACAGUAACAAGCUCUGUAAAGAUGCAGUUUUGAAUAAGAAACUUAUGACGAAACUACAAGAGUCAAAGUUUGAUGUCGUUCUGGCAGAUGCCCUUAAUCCCUGUGGUGAGCUACUGGCUGAACUAUUUAACAUACCCUUUCUGUACAGUCUUCGAUUCUCUGUUGGCUACACAUUUGAGAAGAAUGGUGGAGGAUUUCUGUUCCCUCCUUCCUAUGUACCUGUUGUUAUGUCAGAAUUAAGUGAUCAAAUGAUUUUCACGGAGAGGAUAAAAAAUAUGAUACAUAUGCUUUAUUUUGACUUUUGGUUUCAAAUUUAUGAUCUGAAGAAGUGGGACCAGUUUUAUAGUGAAGUUCUAGGAAGACCCACUACAUUAUUUGAGACAAUGGGGAAAGCUGAAAUGUGGCUCAUUCGAACCUAUUGGGAUUUUGAAUUUCCUCGCCCAUUCUUACCAAAUGUUGAUUUUGUUGGAGGACUUCACUGUAAACCAGCCAAACCCCUGCCUAAGGAAAUGGAAGAGUUCGUGCAGAGCUCUGGAGAAAAUGGUAUUGUGGUGUUUUCUCUGGGGUCGAUGAUCAGUAACAUGUCAGAAGAAAGUGCCAACAUGAUUGCAUCAGCCCUUUCCCAGAUCCCACAAAAGGUUCUAUGGAGAUUUGAUAGCAAGAAGCCAAAUACUUUAGGUUCCAAUACUCGACUGUACAAGUGGUUACCCCAGAAUGACCUUCUUGGUCAUCCCAAAACCAAAGCUUUUAUAACUCAUGGUGGAACCAAUGGCAUCUAUGAGGCUAUCUACCAUGGGAUCCCUAUGGUGGGCAUUCCCUUGUUUGCAGAUCAACAUGAUAACAUUGCUCACAUGAAAGCCAAGGGAGCAGCCCUCAGUGUGGACAUCAGGACCAUGUCAAGUAGAGAUUUGCUCAAUGCAUUGAAGUCAGUCAUUAAUGACCCUAUCUAUAAAGAGAAUGUCAUGAAAUUAUCAAGAAUUCAUCAUGAUCAACCAAUGAAGCCCCUGGAUCGAGCAGUCUUCUGGAUUGAGUUUGUCAUGCGCCACAAAGGAGCCAAGCACCUUCGAGUCGCAGCUCACAACCUCACCUGGAUCCAGUACCACUCUUUGGAUGUGACAGCAUUCCUGCUGGCCUGCGUGGCAACUGUGAUAUUUAUCAUCACAAAAUUUUGCCUGUUUUGUUUCCGAAAGCUUGCCAAAACAGGAAAGAAGAAGAAAAGAGAUUAGUUAUAUCAAAAGCCUGAAGUGGAAUGACUGAAAGAUGGGACUCCUCCUUUAUUUCAGCAUGGAGGGUUUUAAAUGGAGGAUUUCCUUUUUCCUGUGACAAAACAUCUUUUCACAACUUACCCUGUUAAGUCAAAAUUUAUUUUCCAGGGAUUUAAUACGUACUUUAGUUGGAAUUAUUCUAUGUCAAUGAUUUUUAAGCUAUGAAAAAUAACAAUGGGGGGAGGGAUAGCAUUUAGAGAUACACCUAAUGUUAAAUGACAAGUUACUGGAUGCAGCACACCAACAUGGCACAUGUAUACAUAUGUAGCUAACCUGCACGUUGUGCACAUGUACCCUAAAACUUAAAGUAUAAUUUUAAAAAAGCAAAAAAAAAAAUACAACUCUUUUUUUAAAACCAGGAAGGAAAAUGUGAACAUGGAAACAACUUCUAGUAUUGGAUCUGAAAAUAAAGUGUCAUCCAAGCCAUAAAAAAAGAAAAUAAAAAUAAAAAUAAUAUAAAACCUUA